UUAACUUAGUACACUUCUGCGAAGUACGGUUUGGUUUGGCCGAGGAACCCCAGCAGCCACAGGCGGUGUGACUCUUGAGUCUGAGUCUGAACUGAGGCUCCUGACGAGACGCGAAAGGGGGAUGGAGCCUCGGACCCAACAAUAGCGACCCUUCACUUGGGGACGGAAUUCACGAGUGAAAGCAGCUCUCCACCUUCCUCUGUCGUCGUCAAAAGUGCGUGGGAAACACACUUUAUUACACCUCCUACGAUGAAAUGUGUGCUUGUCGCCUUCGCUGAGACCGCGGAGAAGUCAGAGCAGCCCACCUGAGUGAGCGAAGUCGAGGAGUACCGCGCAAAUCUGAGCACAUCCGUAGACUCAGACACGCGCGCGCGAGCGCGCGCGCGCACACCCUCACGCGCGCACCAUUUCUUUGAUGUCUCCGCGUGACAGACCUGUAAAGGUUUUUGCUUCCAGUGACAACAACGCACCAUGCCUGAGGGGGCGAGCUGUGGCAACCAGAGAAAACCCAGAACCCAAGGUGCCCAGCGCCCCUCUUCUGUGUCCUCCCUGAGCAGCAUUGUGGGCAGGAUGGCCUCCACAGAGCGGGCAUCCCGCGGGAGCUGCACCUCUGUGAACACCGUGUGCUCUGAUAGUGAUCGGGCAGCCAGCCUGAGCUCUUCUGCCUCCUCUGCCUCCCUGCAAGAUGGCCAGUCCUCAUCAUCGUGUUCUCUGCCCUACGGAGCUGUGCCAGCCUACUCACAGCCUUUGCGUGAUGGCUCUGACAUCAGCCUUGACCUCACGCCCUUCUCCCAGCUGUUAGAGGAGCGUGGCCGUGCAGCCGGGGGCAGCAUCCUCUCCUCACCUGCCCCCAAGCUCUCCCAUCUGGAGAGGGUGAUGCUGGAGAUAGUUGAGACAGAACAAGCUUAUGUGCGGGACCUCAAGAGCAUUGUAGAGGACUAUCUGGGCUGUAUCAUUGACUUUGGGGACCUACCACUUAAGCCAGAAGAAGUCAGCUUGCUCUUCUGCAACAUUGAGGACAUCUAUGAAUUUAACAGCGAGCUGUUGGAAGACCUGGAGCGCAGCUCCCAUGCAGCAGCCAUUGCGGAGUGCUUUGUUGAGAGGAGUGAAGCCUUCGAUAUUUAUACUGUCUACUGUAUGAACUAUCCAAAUUCAGUGGCUGUUCUGCGAGACUGCAUGAAGAAUGAAAGCCUGGUGCGCUUCUUCCAAGAGCGACAGGCUACCCUCUGCCACUCUCUACCUCUGGAAACCUACCUUCUUAAGCCAGUGCAGAGGAUCCUCAAGUACCACCUUCUAUUGCAGGAAUUGUCUAAGCACUUUGAUAAGAGUGACCCUGGGUACGAGGUGGUGGAGGACGCCAUCGUCACCAUGACUGCAGUAGCCUGGUACAUCAAUGACAUGAAGAGGAAACAGGAACAUGCUGUCAGGCUGCAGGAAAUUGAGAGCUUGCUUCUGAACUGGGAAGGACCGGACCUCAGUGGUUUUGGGGAGCUUGUCCUUGAAGGCUCCUUUCGAGUCCAGCGGGUCAAGAAGGAGAGGGCAUUGUUUCUUUUCGACAAAAUGCUACUCAUUGCCAAGAAGAGGGCAGAGCAUUUCAUAUACAGCACCCACAUCUUUUGCUGUAACCUCCUCCUGGUAGAAACCAUGAAAGACCCUUUGUGCUUCAAGGUGUCUGACCAAACCAUCCCAAAACAGCAACACAUAGUCCAGGCAAAGAACCAGGAGGAAAAACGACUGUGGCUGCACUACCUCAAGAGGCUGAUUGUAGAGAACCAUCCUGCCUCCUUGCCUCAGAAGGCAAGACAGGUACUGGGGGAUGACUUUUGUCAAAGUCCUCAGUUUGAUCAUGAAUCCAUUAAAAAAAUGACACCCUCUCCGAGACUGGAUGAUGCUCGAGGCCACCAUCGGGGAAGGCGGCAGUCAGAGCCUCCAGAAUUCAUUUACCCUCCAGAAAAAGCCAAAAAGAGUCUCCCGCUGCUGCUGGAGGGCAAUGUGUCUUCCCGCCGAGGCCGGCGGCAAUCUGCACCUGCCAAAGAUAUAGAGGCAGCAUGUCAACAGAGUGUGAAAUUGAAGGCAGGCAGCGAAGGUGAGCUGUGCCCCCAGGCAGACAGCUUGGGUUCGUCCGGCAGCGCAAGUACACUAGCGUCCUCUGUGAUAGAAGUGGAAGCAGGACAGGAGGACGAAGAAAUUACCCCUUCCACACUCUCCAUUACCGAGGAGAUUAUGCAGUUCAUCAGUCAGAGCCAAGCACGUGAAGGCAUGUUGGCUCAGUUGCCAGACAGAGAAUUUUCUCUCAUGGAAUCCCUGGAGGAUCCUACUACUGAGAAGGAGAUGGAGCUUAUUGUCCCACAGCAAAACAAAGACUGUUGUCCCUCCACUGGAAUGAGUAGCCACCAGGAGGACUAUAAUGGUACCAAAGAAGAGAAGGCUGUAGCUCUAGUGGAAAGUAGCAAAACAGAGGAUCAUGCCCUUCCAAGUCAUGUUGGUGAGUCUUCAAAGGAGGACAGUCCUGUGUUUACUCCAUCCCCACUAUGUGAGCUAGAAGAGAAUGGCCAGGAGGAUCAAAUGCUUAUUGCCAUAGGAAACACUGGAGACCCUUCCGAAACCAAGAAGAUAAAUGACAUACCUCUACCAGGUAUUUUGGAGGCACAAGCUGAGGAAUCUGUUUAUAUUGCAAUAGGAGAUACCAGUGCUGAGGUUUCCUGCUCUUCUGCCCAGAAAGAAAAACUGAGAAUGCAUCUGCCUGAAGAAGAAAAGCCCCACAAAAGGACUCUACCAAAUUCUGAUAAACAGAAAGCCUGGCUUACCAAAAGCGACCGGCAGAUCAUUGAGAAGAUCCGCAACUACUAUGAAGCAGCAGAGAUUGUGGAGUCUCAAUCCCCAAGGAGAAACAGUUUCUCUCACAUCCCCAGUGGCAUGGUGAAGGAGUCAGUGUCUCGGUUCAGUGUCUUUGGCUGCCAGGACAACCUCUGUGAUUCAACAACUGUCCAAUCAGAUGGCACUGAGACUGCAGCAAGUCAUAUUGCUACUUCUCCUCAAUUGGGAGAAGUCCAUAACCAGCCUGCCCCAAUGACUGGUUGUGCUGUAAACGAUGCUCUCAGCCAUAGUGAGCCAGUUUCAGAAGAAAUGAACAAAGUAGAGUCUAACUGUGAUGCCCAGACUUGCAGGGAACUGAUGAAGGUCUGGAAAGAAAAAGAGAAACAAGGGACUUCACUCUGUACAGUGGUGCAAAGCAGAUACAGUCUCAGAACCCAGAGUUCCACUAAGGAGCUAUGCUCAGAUGACAGUUAUACCACUGAAAAUUUUUCAAACAAGGAUGAAAAAAUGCUCCCUUUGGUUCUAAGUGGAGAUGAAAAUCCCACAGAGAAUCUCACAGAGAACCAAAAAUCUACAUUCCAGACUUUAAAAACAGAGUUUCUCUCCCAGUCUGUGCAAUCUAGAAGCAAGUUCUGUAAAAAAACUGUUACAGCUGGACAUUUGGAAGGUUUACCCACCCAAAUCAAAGUGGGAAAAUGCUCCAGGCAAACCAAAACAUGCAACAAAGCCUUCUGUGAGGAGACUCCAGAUGUGAUGGGGAUGGGCUUAUUUGAGGGUGCAGUAGACCCCUGCUUGGUAGAGAACUCGGAGAAGAUCCUUAGCAAAGUGCAGAUGCUGGUUCGUAUGUACAGUGACAAGGCAGGCAGCAUGAAGAUGCCUCUACACAAAAGGCUGUGGGAGGGCCGGGAGCAGGCUGGAUGCAAGGACAAUAUUUCUCAGAAGAAGAACACUGAUAAAUGUCUGAUUAAGAGUUUAGGCUGCUCUACCAUCUCUUCGGUGUCUACAGAGCCACAGAUAUAUGGCCACGUUGUUGUACGAGAGCAGCUCUCUCCCACUUACAUCCAAGAGAACUGCUGUAUUCUAGCUGGUCCUAGGGAGAACACUUCAGAUCUGGAAGGGUCUUCUACAUCAUGCCCUUCUUCUCCCCUCUGUUCUGUCGCUGAAAGAUGUCAAGAGACAGCUGAUCUGAAGACAUCAACCACAGACACAAAUAUCCUUAAUCAUGUGCCUGGGGAUGCCUCCUCAGAAAGCAAAUUUUGUCUGGGAACAUCCCAGCUACAGGAUGAAGAAAAGCUACUUAUACCUUGUAAAAGUAUAGAGGAGGGAAUGAACAGUGGCAACUCACAGCAAAAGACAUUGACAGAUCAAGAAGUUGAUCUUAAUAUCUCUACAGAUGGCAACGAUGUAACACCUGUCUCAGAGAAAGUUACGGAGAAAACAACAAAUGUUUUAUUGGAUCCAGCUUGUGCAGUGGAGCCUGAACAAUCAAGUAUCAUCUUAACUUCAGCAGCUACUGAAAACCCUGCGUUUUUGCCAUCAGAGAAUGACAUGGACAGUAAAGACUUGGAGGGUGACUCUUUAAAUAUAGGCAUGACAGCAAAGUGUCCAAACAAGAUCCCCAUAUUCAACGUUCCACUGCAGACACCUGUGUUUGAAGACUCAAAUGCUUCAGCUGAGCCACCCUUAUGUUCAGGCACCAAGCAGGACUUAUUCAAAUCAAGUGAACAUGUUUCCAGUAUGCUGGAACUUCCCCAGGAUAAGGGAAAUGUAUUUGAGGACAAAGACUUGGCAGGCCAGAGCCAAUGCCCACCUCAGAUAAAGCUUACUUUUUCAGAACUUCCAAAAUUCACAAGUAAAAGACCUCCUGAUCUACCAACUACUAAGGAAAGACGAAGCCAAAUGUUGCAGAUGCAAUCUCUGCCCGACAUUAGUCCCAGGCUGUUUCCUUCCUCCCUUUGGGCCCAGGAAAUUGCUCAGAACACAUCACCAAAAGCAGGACAAUCCCCAACAAGGAAGCUUUACUCCGAAAACUCCUGUGAAAAGACAUUCAGCAGCCAUAACAACACCAGCAGUCAUGACAGCAUGCUUUCUUCUGCCUUUACUAAUGAUCUUGUGAAGUGCUCUGUCUCAUCAACUGAAAAUCUCCAGUCCGCUUGCUCUUCAACUACUCCAGGUAUUCUGAGUAAAGUCCAAGCUGCAUCAUGCAUUAGCCAGAGUUUGGCAAAAAGAAACGCACGGGGCCAAUCCUCAACUUUGCCUGUUGGGCUGAAUUCAAAAAACCCUUCCUCUGCCUCUCUGCCUCCAUCCUCUUCGUCGCUGAGGCUACGGUCUCCCUCACCCAAACCAUGCUGUGUAACAAGUCCCUCUCAGAAUUCCAAUCUUGCAAGUGCACCUCUAAACAAACAACAAGUCAGGAAUGUGGUUUUGAGUUCUUCUAGAUCCAGACAGUCCCCUGCAAUAUCCUCUCCACCCUAUCAUUGUGAGAGGCCAUCAUCGCCAGCCCUGCCAGUCAGUCCUCAACAGGUCUCUGCUUCUUCUGAUCCCCAGCUGCACUCACCAAACUGGAACACUAACAACAAUAAUAACUGUAAGGGGAAUGAUGGUGUUAUUAACAGCAAGCCACCUUUAGCAAGUGUGGGACGGCCAUUAUUCUCUCCAGACCCACUUCGAAGUUCAUCUUACAACAGAGUGGCCCGGCCAUUUUCUUCGGCUUCUGAGCCCAACUCUCGGGUACAUUCUCCUUCUCCUUCUUCCUCUCCUUCUCCUUGUAUCCCAGUACACAUUCACGACCAACCUUGUUCUGUAACAAAAAGACCACCCCAUCCAAAGACUCCUCAAAUAUCUGGAUCACGUACUUUCACUCCACUUUGCCUCUCCCUGGAUCGUUCAGUCCCAUCAUCGGCUUGUUCCUCACCCUCAUGUGGGAGCCCCCGUGUCACCUCCCCACCUCCUAUAGGUAUCUCCAAGAACAUGUGGGGGGCCACAAUCCCACAGCCACAAAAUCCUUUAGUCACAUCCUCUUCGAUGACAGGCCUGUCUCCUGAAAGUGGCUCUAGCCUACCGCAGACCCUACGGCAGCCACGUGGUAACAGCCUACCUUUCCUCAGUCUAAGAGACAGAUCACCUAGCCCAGCACAAAAUGGGCACAAACCACUCACAGACAGUAGAGAUUAUUCACAAAGUCCUGAUUGUGAUCCAGGAGUACUGAGUCUCCAGGUAGCAUACAGGAGCCCCCCAUCCUGUUUCAGUCUGGGUGUCAUGUCCCCCGUCAGACUGGCACAGAGCAAAAUCAGUCAGGGUGCACGGCAUUUCACCAGUGUUGCCUGGCCUGAUGUACAAGAGCUGUUAACCAAGUACGCAGGGAACACAGCCGAGGAGGACUCUGUUCCCACUCCUGUGCUCUCCAAGGUCAGCUUGAGUGAUUGUGACAAUGGUGAGAACAACAACCAGAAUAGCCAUGACUGCACCCAUGUGAUCUGCUCUCCUGUGGCAGACGUGUCUGUUCCCCCCCUUGAGGGUGAGCCAGAGGUGCCAUCUCAGGCACAUGGAGUUCGGAGACCAAUGAAGACCAGCUACGCCACCACUGUCAAUCUGCAGAUCGCUGGCAGUGGCCGUAUAACUGCCUUCAGCAAUGCUCAGGUUAGUCUGACCCAGACUCUUGUACCUGCAUCUGACAGUCAAGGCCAUCGGCGCAUCAGUGUGAGCGGCUGCAGCCUUGCUCAAACCUGCAAGAGGGUCUGAGGUAAUUCAUACCACAACUCGUGUAAUUGUGCCUUUUUUUUUUCAAAACAGGAAAUUCAGACUACACCUCCAUGAAAAUGUAUUUAGUUAUUUUUCUGUUUUAUUUUAUUGAUCAUUUUUAUAUAUUUCCCAUGCAAUUUUCCUUCUCCAAGCCAAAAGCCAAAACCACUUUUUACACAAAGAUUUGGUGCAAUCACCUAAACAUUGAGGAGUUAUUCUUGGAGAAGUUAAACCAUGCUGUGGCUUUUAUUUAUACUGUAGUUUUUGUUUUGUCUGUGUGUAGCACUUAAUGCUGUCGCCUUAUUUUGCACAAAGUCUUAAGCUGUGUGUGGUUUGACGAGUCUGUGAAAUGGACUUAUUUCAGGGCAAACUGAUAUAUCAGUGUUUUCUGUGUAUGUUAAAAUGUCUUAUUAGUCUUUAAAGGGUCUGUCAAUUGUACAAGCUGAAAAGUACAUUUCUUCUAAGUAGAAUUUAAGGGAAUUUUUGCAAUUAUAACAGCUUUUUGUCAGAAUACAACAAUACAGUGAUUCCAAAGAUGAUCAUGUCACUUCAACCACCAUUAUAGCUUCAGAAUCAGAAAAACUUUAGGAAAAAUCCAUUUGGUUUGGAUAGUGAAAGAGCAAAAAACCUAAAAAAGAGUUGAAAUAAGAGGCUCUGCAUGACUUCAAGCAUAAAAGUGCUUGAAGAUGUCACUGGGACUGAAAAAAUUCUUAAAUACAAAAAAUAGCAAACUGCAUACAAGUUUAUCAUCAGACUUUUAUCAGACAAAAUUUCCCACUUCAAAGCAGAAAUAAAAUGCUUCUUGUGUUUUGUUUUUAGUUACUUGCAACCUAUUAAUAAACUGAAAUAAAAGUCUCGA